AAGACAAGGACUCCACCCUCCACUCUCUCGUCGAAAAAUAUCUCCAAGCGCAGACGUUGGAAGUAAGACAAGGACUCCACCCUCCACUCUCUCCGCUCUCACUCUCAGGCUUCGCUAGGGCUAGGCUAGGGUUUCUGAGAAUUGGAAUUGUAAUUGGAAUUGGGGCACAGAAACAGCAGCAGCAGCUGCAGAAGAAUAUGGCAUCCACCUCCAUUGCACUCUCAGCUCUCUCAAUAUCACCCUCUUCUACCUCUCAACCCCACAGAAACCCUAGCGCCUACUCUUCUGCCUCCCUUCCCCGCCAUCUUCCCCCCUACAACCUAUCUACCACGUUUCUCGGCUCAAGGCUUUCCAUUCGAAUGCCGAAUCUAAAGCACAUGGCUUCCAAGCCUCGGACGGCCGUCGCCACCGUCCUCUUCAGCCUCCCAACAGCGAAGCCCGACAGGAAUUCUACUGGGGAAAACUCCAAAUGGUCCGCUAGAGCGAUAAAGUCGUUUGCUAUGGCUGAAUUGGAAGCAAGGAAGCUUAAAUAUCCCAAUACAGGGACCGAAGCACUUUUCAUGGGGAUGCUGGUUGAGGGAACAAGCCUAGCUGCAAAGUUUCUUAGAGCUAAUGGAAUCACGCUCUUCAAGGUUCGAGAUGAAACUGUAAAUUUACUUGGAAAAUCAGACAUGUACUAUUUCAGCCCUGAGCAUCCUCCAUUAACUGAACCAGCUCAGAGGGCCCUUGACUGGGCUUUUGAUCAGAAACUAAAAUCAGGAGAAAAUGGGGAAAUAACAGUAACUCAUCUGCUUCUUGGGAUUUGGUCUGAAAAAGAGUCAGCAGGUCACAAGAUCUUGGCGUCCCUAGGUUUUGAUGAUGACAAAGCUACAGAGCUUUCCAAAUUUAUGGAUAAGGAUUAUGAUCGUAGCUUUAAAUAAGGUAUAAGGAGGCAAAAACGUCCCAUUCUCCAAACAAUUGCUUGCUGUCAAACCUUCGCCUACACAGCCUUGAAAAGAUAUCGCUUCCUGGUGCUUUUGGUUCAGGAAGUUCCUCUGCAUAUGGUGUGUUUCAGGAUGGAGAUUCGCAAACAAUUGUUCGUUGAUAUAAAUUUUGUAUUCGUUGUAUUACCGAAUUCAUGGAAUUCAAAAAUUCCAUGCAGCAGUAACAUGGCGCGUAAUUGACUCUUGCAAGAAAGAAAAGAAAAAUGAUUCACUUGUUUCUAUUUCAUUAGUUUUUACCUUGCCUUGCUAAGCAUUCAGCCGCUUUCCAACAUCUGAUGUAUUGACGCUUUCAUUGUAUUAUAAGACCAAGAGUUGAAACAUUCA